GGUAAAUGCACUAAUUCAUAAUGUUCUCGUUUCCUUUACGCUAACUUCUCCGAAUCUUUGCUUUUGCGUUACUAUAAAUAUUCAGAAGACACCAUUUCUUCUCAUUCAACAAACAAGCAUCUCAUUCUCUGAUUCGGUCCAUCGAUCUCAAAGGCUCAAAGCUUAAUCGUUUCCUUUCUUCUUAUUCUAGCCAUGGCUCAGGUAAUUUUGUGACUUUGAUAUUCUUCUUCUUUUUUUCUCCAUUUCUUGGCCAUGAAACGAUGGAAUAAUGUUUUUGAGAGACAUUGAUCUGGAAGCAGGAAUGUCUUUUUGUGUCCAUCUCCAAAAAAGAUGCUAGCAAUUGUCUAUAUAUAUCGGUUAUGAGAGUCCGAUUAAUCAGUUUUUAUGAUAAUAAAUAUUUUGGAAUGAAUUAAUAUCAAAUUUCAAGAGGGAAGAAAAGAGAUUGAUUGGUCUAGGUCUAGGUUCUAUCUGUAAGUACUAUAAUGUCCGAUUAGCACCACUUUGAAAUAUUCAUCAAAAAAGACCGUUGUCCUCAAAGUUGGUAUGUCAUGCCAAGGCUGCGUUGGUGCCGUCAAUAGAGUUUUAGGCAAAAUGGAAGGGGUUGAGUCAUUUGACAUUGAUAUCAAGGAGCAAAAGGUGACAGUGAAAGGUAAUGUUGAGCCUGAAGCAGUUUUCCAAACAGUUUCAAAGACCGGAAAGAAGACUUCUUACUGGCCAGUGGAGGCUGAAGCUGAGCCAAAAGCCGAGGCUGAUCCUAAGGUCGAAACCGUGACUGAGACUAAAACCGAGGCUGAGACUAAGACUGAGGCUAAGGUUGAUGCAAAAGCUGAUGUUGAACCAAAAGCCGCAGAAGCCGAGACUAAGCCAUCACAAGUUUAAGUAUACUAACGAUGAAAAGGAAGGCUAAUCUACCUUUACAAUGCUUCUUUAUCUUUUGCUUUUGUGUGUUGUUGUAAGAAAUGCUUCCUCUAAAUACCUAAUAUCUUUAUGUAUGUAUACCUUUUUCAACUAUUGAUAACAAGAUGUUGGACCCAUGUUGGUCCGACUUUCUUUUAUAAGAAGUUUUAAGUGUUUUACUAGUUAAUUAAAUACUGCGAG